CGGCGAACGUGAACGCAUAUGACCGAAUGCGAACGCGUCUAAAAAUCAACCGAACGCGAACGUAUUUUUUUAAAUUUUUUUUAGUAUAUAUAGGGGUUUGGGGGCAUAGGGAGCUCUGCUGGGUGCGAGAGGCCACCCCUCCCCGACUCCCUCUUCACCCGCUUUGAUGCAGGGGGUGCAACACCCCGUACAGCAAAGCGAUGCCGCUACUGCAGGUGUUGUACCUGCUGCGCAGCUAUGGUGGAGGAGGAGGAAGAUAAGAGGAGGAGGAUGUGGAUAUGGCGGAGGAGGAUGGGGGAGGAUAAUAGUAGUAGGAGGAAAAGUAAGAGGAGGAGGGAGGAGGAGAAAGGAGGAAGAAGAAGAGGAGGAGGAAGAAGAAGGGCAAAAAAAAAACUGCGCAUGCUGACGUGGCAGCCUCGCGUUCGUUAGAAGAGGAAGACGAGGAGGAGAAGAGAAUGGAGAAGGAGGACGAGGAGUGGAAAGAAGGAGAAAAGUUCGAGGAGGGGGAUAAAGAGGUGGAGGAUAAAGAGGAGGAGGGGAAGGUGGAGGAGGAGGAGGAGGCGAGGGUUGACGAGGUGGCGGAGGAGGAUGGGGAGGAGGAGCGCGACCUUUUUUUUUUUGUUUUUUUUUGUCACCUUUCUCCCUCUCCUCGUCCUCUUCUUCCUCCACCUCCGUUUCCUCGACCACCUCCUCGUCCUCCUCCCCCUCCUCCUCGUCCUCUUUAUCCUCUUCCUCCUCUGACGAACGCACGACUGCCACGUCAGCACGGGUGGCUUACAAAAGUUGCGCGUGCUGACGUGCCAGCUGUCCGUUCGUCGGAGGAGGUGGUCAACGACACGGAGGUGGAGGAAGAAGAGGACGAGGAGAGGGAGGAAGGCGGGGAGGAGGACUUCGAUAUGGCGGAGGAGGAGGAAGAAGACCACGAGGAGGUGGAGGAGGAGGAGGACGAGGAAGAGGAGGAGGAGGAGGUAGACGUGGAGGAGGAGGAAGACGAGGAGGAAGAAGUAGUUGACGAGGAGGAGGAGGUGGGGGAGGAGGUCGACGAGGUGGAGGAGGAGGAAGAAGACGAGGAGGAGGAAAAGGUGGAGGAGGUCGACGAGGUGGAGGAAGAAGACGAGCAGGAAAAGGUGGAGGAGGUCGACGAGGUGGAGGAGGAGGGAGAAAAUGAGGAGGAUGAGCUGGAGGCCCUGGAGGGGGAGUAGAACGGGGAGGAUAUGGUGGGUUACGAGUCAGAGGACGAGGAUGAAGAAGAAGAGGAGGAGGAGGAGGAGGAGGAGGAGAAGAAGGAGGAGGAGGAGGAGGGGGAGGAGGAGGACGCGACGUGGUUUCUCACCUGGGAGGCGAUGGAGACAACGACGACAACGACGACUCCCCGGGCGGGUGACUGGCGGGGUAUGCACGUUCGAAUUCGAACGAGCAGGCCCAGGCUGGCCCCUCCCGCCACGCAGAUGCUCCCAGCGCCCGCCCAACCCCGCC